AUGGCUAUUCCCCACAAUCCACUCCUCCUCCUCCUCCUCUUCCCCCUCCUUCUCUUCUCCUCCGUGAACGCGCGCCUCCAUCUCAACCGCUCCGACCACCGCGCCUUCUCCGCCCUCCGCCGAGACUUGGGUUUCACAAACACCACCACUUCCUCCGUCUCCCCCUGCAACCUCCACGGCGUCUUCUGCGAGCGCCGCCGCACCUCUCCCUCCGCCGACACCUACGAGCUCAGAAUCACCAGGCUGGUCUUCGAAUCCCAGUCCCUCACCGGCACACUCCCGCCGGCAAUCGGCCGGCUCACCGAGCUCAAGGAGCUCUCCUUCCCCAACAACCGCCUCGCCGGCCCAAUCCCCUCCGAGAUAGCCAAUUGCAGGAAGCUCGAGAUCCUCGACCUCGCCGGCAACCGAUUCACCGGCGAAGUCCCGCCAGGGGUUUCGUCCCUCCUCCGUCUGCGCGUCCUCAAUCUCGCCUCCAACAGAUUGACUGGCGAUCUGGGUUUCCUGAAGCACUUCCCCAAUCUCGAAACCCUCUCCCUCGCCAACAAUUUCUUCACCGGGCAGGUCCCCAAAUCGAUUCGCUCCUUCCGCAACCUCCAAUUCCUCGACCUCUCCGGUAACCGGUUCCUCCAGCAGCUGGAAACCGACUCGCCUGCCGCGCUGAAAUCCAAUUACCCGAAUCGCUACAUCUUGGCCGAGGAGGACGACGACGAAAGCGCGGCAAUUCCUCCUAGAUCGGCGAAUUCCGAUUCGCCAGCUUCCGCUCCGACUUCCUCGAUGAGUGCCGGCGCGGGAGCUCCAGGGCCGUCCCCUGUGAUUCCCCACAGACGGCGCCACAACAAGGGGAAGAAGAAGCUAGCCGGGUGGCUCCUCGGCUUCCUCGCCGGAGGCAUCGCCGGGAGCAUAUCGGGGUUCGUGUUCUGCGUCCUGUUCAGGAUGAUUCUCGCCGCGAUUCGAGGGGGAGGCAAAAAUGGCGGCCCCGCAAUCUUCAGCCCCAUGAUCAAGAAAUCCGAGGAUCUAGCUUUCCUGGAGAAAGAAGACGGGCUGGCUUCUUUGGAAAUCAUCGGUCGAGGUGGCUGCGGCGAAGUUUACAGAGCGGAGUUGCCCGGAAGCGACGGGAAAAUGAUCGCGAUUAAAAAAGUAACCCAACCGUCCAAAGACGCCGCCGAUUUGGCCGACGAAGACUCAAAGCUGAUGAACAAGAAGAUGAGGCAGAUCAAAUCGGAGAUCGGCACCGUUGGCCAGAUCCGGCACAGAAACUUGUUACCACUUCUGGCCCAUGUAACUCGGCCCGAUUGCCACUAUCUGGUCUACGAGUACAUGAAGAACGGCAGCUUGCAGAACAUAUUGGAAGAGGUGUCUCAGGGGAGAAGGGAGUUGGAUUGGCCAGCAAGGUACAGGAUUGCUCUAGGGAUAGCAGCCGGGCUCGAGUAUCUCCACAUCAAUCACAGCCCCAGAAUCAUCCACAGGGAUUUGAAGCCGGCGAAUGUCCUUCUCGACGACGAUAUGGAGCCUCGGAUUGCUGAUUUCGGGCUGGCGAAAUCGAUGCCCGAUGCCAACACCCACAUCAGCACGUCGAACGUUGCAGGAACGGUGGGGUACAUUGCGCCCGAGUAUCAUCAGACGCUGAAGUUCACUGAUAAGUGUGACAUCUACAGCUUCGGGGUGCUGCUUGGCGUUCUGCUGAUCGGGAAGCUUCCAUCGGAUGAGUUCUUCCAGCAUACGAGAGAGAUGAGCCUGGUGAGGUGGCUGAAGAACGUCAUGACGUCUGAGAAACCCACUCAGGCGAUCGAUCCGAAGCUGAUGGAGAAAGGGUACGACGAGCAGAUGCUGCUGGUGCUCAAGAUCGCGUGCUUCUGUACCAUGGAGGACCCGAAACAGAGGCCGAAUAGUAAGGAUGUGAGGGUCAUGUUGGAUCAAAUCAAGCACUAG